CCGCCGCCGCAGCCGCGGAGCCGCCAGCAGCGCCGGGCCGGGAUGUGACGGGGCGGCCGCCCCGCGCCCCGCUCCGCCGCUGCCCCGGGCCCGCGGGCCCCGCGCCCCGGGAGGCUGUCGGGGGGCGGCGGCGGCGGCCCCGGGCCCCCCCCCGCCGCCCCCAUGUCGGAGGGGCCGCCCUACGGCGAGGGGCAGCUGGCGGGGGACGCGGCCGUGGGGCAGCUGCCGUUCCCCGUCCGCCUCGGCGGCCCCGACGGGCUCCUCGCCGGCGGGCAGGGCAAGCGGCCGCCCAAGCUGGGGCAGAUCGGGCGCAGCAAGAGAGUGGUUAUUGAAGACGAUAGAAUUGAUGAUGUGCUGCAAAAUCUCACGGAAAAAGCCCCUCCCGGUGUUUAAAUCCUCCCCGGGGACGCUCGGCUGGAGCUGAGGGGGUCAGGGGGUGGUGGUGGGGGGGGUCGCUUUACAACGGCACAGGUUAUUGGCAACAAAUAGAGAAAUCAAAGCCCCCCGCAGCACUGCACCGAGUGAGCAUCCUUGCCAGCCCGCGGCCCCCAGCACCACAUCCUGCCCUACGGGAGACGCGCAGGGAAAGCGGCGAGCGAGACGAAGCCCGGCGACAGAUCAAAUCAUACAUUAAAAUAUA